UUUGUCAGCUUUUUGUAACGUUUGUUAGCCUGAAAAAAUAAUACUCUCUCUAGUGCUUCACCUAUAGGCCUCUUGCUUCUCUCUCUCUCUCUCUCUCUCUCCGCCGGCAGCCUCGAUCUCGCCGGGAAUCCUCUGAUCACCGGAAUCGAUUCGUUAAACAAAUCCAGGAACUCAUGUUUAUUCUUUGUGCCUAGGCUCGCACACAAAUUGUGUUGUUUUUUACUCGUAUUCCGAUUUCAAACUCGCUAAUUGUGAGAAUAGAGUAAUUUAGAUGGAGGAUUAUGGAGGGAGUGACGAUGAGUACUAUUACUCUGAUGAUCGAGAAUCGCUCGACGGUCUUGAUAAUGAGGAAUCCGAUUUUCACUGGGUCCCUUCUAAGGGUCCCAGUACUAAGAUAAUCACAAAGGAAUCCCUCUUGGCUGCGCAGAGGGAAGAUUUGCGCAGAGUAAUGGAAAUGCUAUCACUAAGGGAACACCAUGCGAGGACCUUGUUGAUACAUUACCGUUGGGAUGUUGAAAGGUUGUUUGCUGCGUUUGUAGAGAAGGGGAAAUCAUACUUGUUCACUGAAGCAGGUGUUACUGUGGUUGAGCAACUAGACGUUGAUUCACCACUGACUUCAUCUUCUACAGUAACGUGUGAUAUAUGCAUAGAGGAUGUAUCUGGCAAUAAGGCGACAAGAAUGGAUUGUGGCCAUUGCUUUUGCAAUGAUUGUUGGACUGAGCACUUCAUUGUGAAAAUAAAUGGGGGUCAGAGUAGACGCAUCCGGUGCAUGGCGCACAAAUGUAAUGCUAUCUGUGAUGAAGCUGUUGUCAGAAAUUUAGUUAGUAAAAAACAUCCUGAUUUGGCAGAGAAAUUUGAUCGUUUUCUUCUUGAAUCAUACAUUGAGGAUAACAAAAUGGUUAAAUGGUGCCCAAGCAUUCCCCAUUGUGGGAAUGCUAUACGAAUUGAAGAAGAUGAAUGCUGUGAGGUAGAAUGUUCAUGCGGUUUACAGUUUUGUUUCAGUUGCUUCUCAGAAGCACACUCGCCUUGUUCAUGUUUGAUGUGGGAGCUUUGGAGCAAGAAAUGUCAAGAUGAAUCUGAAACAGUUAAUUGGAUCACAGUUCAUACGAAGCCUUGUCCUAAGUGUCACAAACCAGUUGAGAAGAAUGGUGGCUGCAACCUUGUGAGCUGUAUAUGUGGUCAAUCGUUUUGUUGGCUAUGUGGUGGAUCGACUGGGAGAGAUCAUACAUGGUCUAGAAUAUCUGGUCACAGUUGUGGUCGCUAUAAAGAAGACCAAGAGAAAAAAACGGAACGGGCAAAACGGGAUCUAUAUCGAUAUAUGCACUAUCAUAACCGCUAUAAGGCUCACACAGAUUCCUUUAAGCUUGAAAGUAAACUUAAGGAGACAAUCCUGGAGAAAGUAUCAAUAUCUGAAGAGAGGGAAUCAAGACUAAGAGAUUUCAGCUGGGUAAAUAAUGGACUCUACAGACUUUUCAGAUCAAGAAGGGUUCUUUCAUAUUCAUACCCGUUUGCAUUUUAUAUGUUUGGUGAAGAGCUGUUUAAGGAUGAGAUGACAACAGAGGAAAGGGAAAUUAAACAGAAUCUAUUUGAGGAUCAGCAACAGCAGCUUGAGUCAAAUGUUGAAAAACUCUCCAAGUUCCUGGAGGAGCCUUUUGAGCAGUAUACUGAUGAAAAAGUUAUGGAAAUAAGGAUGCAAGUCAUCAAUCUAUCUACAAUUACUGAUAAUCUUUGUAAGAAAAUGUAUGAGUGCAUAGAAAGUGAUUUAUUGGGUGCUCUUCAACUAGGUACCCAUAACAUAGCUCCCUACAAGUCAAAGGGCAUUGAGAAGGCGUCAGAACUUUCGUCUUGUUGGAGCAACAAAGUCAAUACUGCUGACAAAUGCCUGCCAUCAGAUGGCAAUACUAGUGGUGGCGCAUCACAACAUGAUAAACCUUCAGGCUCUAGGAGUUCAGCUGAUAGUGGAUGCUCUUCUUGGAAGCGUGCUAGGAGGGAUGGAGGUGGCUUUUUAGAUCUGAACUUGCCGGCAGAGAUCAUGGAUAGGAACUGAAAUCAGAGAAUGAAGACUUCAUGUAAGUACAAAGUGUACAGCUCUAACUCAAGGCCAUGUUCUUCUUCAUGGAAUUGAUCAUUUGUGGAUUAAGCACCAAGUGCUUCUACCCUUUACCCUUAAUAGCCUUUUGUUCUGCGUUCGACAUUGCUUUCUCUCAGUGGGAUGUCGUGGAAUAGAAUUUUGUUUCUACUUUUCACCCAGCCUUUUUUUUAUGUUGUACAUAGCUGUUUAUUGGGUUUUUGUGAGGAUAGAUGUGUAAAUUCUCUAGCUGGGGGGCUUGAGCUAGACUUUGAUGCAUCAUUGACAUAAUUUUGCAGAAUGUGAUUAUCUUAUUGAAGUAAUUAUGCAGAACUUGAUCGUCUUAUCGAUUUAUGCUUAA